UAGAAUGAAGAAUGAACAAACUGGCAACGUUGUGAUUGACUUUCAUAUUAUUUAUUUAUUUGUAUUAUAGUUUAUAGUAAUUUUUGAAAGAGAAAUUGAUUCCAAUUAGAUAAAUAUACAUCAAACUCCAAAAUCUAAUGAAAAUGACUGAUGGCUUUAUUGCUGUGCAUUGUGGGGCAGGCCACCACAAAGACAAAUUUCAUAAACAGUACAAUAAGUUAUCUAAACUUGCGUGUAAAGCCGGCACUGAUGUCCUUAAGCAAGGUGGAAGUGCUAUUGAAGCCGUAAAAGCAGCAGUAUUAAUACUUGAAAAUGAUCCACUUACAAAUGCGGGUUAUGGCUCAAAUUUAACUACAAAAGGUCAAGUUGAGGGAGAUGCUGCAAUUAUGGAUGGCAAAACGCUUUUGUACGGUGGCUGUGGUGCAGUACAGAAAGUUAAAAAUCCCAUAGAGUUAGCAUAUGAUAUUUGUAUAAAACAAAGGGAAGUUUUACCGAUGGGCCUUAUACCCCCAUCACUAUUAGUUGGGGAAGGGGGCUUUUACCAUGCAAAAGCCGCCGGUUUGGAAAUUGUAAAAAAUAAACAAUUAAUAAGUCAUAAAGCUCUUAGACAGUUUAAAAAAUACAAGAAACUAUUAAAUACUGCCGAAUUAGUGGAAAACUCGCCUUUAGAUACUGUGGGUGCUAUUUGCGUUGAUGGUAGCGGUCAUGUUGCCUCUGCCUGUAGUUCUGGAGGGCUCCUACUUAAGAGACCUGGAAGAGUAGGUCAAGCGGCUUUGUAUGCUUGCGGCAUGUGGGCAGAUAGUUUUAGUCCAAGAACAGAAACUUCAGUUGCUGUCUGUACAACUGGCUGUGGUGAGCAUCUGAUGCAAACUCAGUUGGCCAAAGAAAUUGGUAUUGAUUUGAAAAGUAAUUCUUGUCCUAUCCAAGGCCUUUAUAACUCAAUGACUAACAAAUUUCUAAAAUCACGGCAUUUACGAAAUAUAAAACAGAAAUUGGGAGGAGCUUUAGUGUUGCAUCUAACAACAGAAGGCGAGGGGGCUGUUUUAUGGGGUCAUAGUACAGAAACAAUGAGUGUGGGGUACAUGAAAACAACAGAUGUUAAGCCAAAAGCUUUGAUAUCACAACUCCCCCAAGAAAUUCAAGUUGGUUCAAGUAUUAAUGUUGGUGGAACACAUUUUAUUUUAAAUCGGUGAUAUCAUUAUUCAUAUUAUUUGUAUAUGUAUAUAGACUGAUUUAGUACACUGUAAUAGUUUCAGUAUUGUGUUUAGUUUCAUUUUAUUUAAGUUGGUAAUUUGACAAAUGUCUGAUGCAUUGAUAUUUAUGUUAUAUUUUAUUUGUUUUUGUUUUGUUCAUAGAAUUGAAAUAAAUGCACAAUCCAA